GUAGACAUGAAAAGUCCCGACCGGGGAGGGGGUGGUGGGGGGGGCCUCGGGGCAGCCUUAACGCAGUCGUGCCGAUUGCAAAGGAGGUGCCACAACAGCGGCUUCAAAAAGCGGGGGAUGGUUGCGGCUGUGCACGGGUUCGAGGCAACCAGUUCCACGCAAGCUGUCUCAGCGGGCCCAGAAUAGCGCAGCACUUCGCACAAUACUUGUCGUUAACCACCCACCAGUUAUGCCCCCGCCCCCAGGCGAGCAGUGGCUGUCCGCGGCGGGCGGCGCCAUCCACCGGGUGCUGCUGCUGCUGGCCGCGGCCGAAACGGGAGCAGGAACGGGAGCGGGAGGGCCUGAGGGCGCAGUGGUGGACAGGAGGCGGGAGAAUGGGCUCUGCAGCGGCCGCUCAUGAGGCCGCGCGCGCCCCACUGGCGAGCAGCUGGGGGGCUGGGCAGGGGGGGGACUUGUUGGGGAGGACGCUGCAAUGCGGGAUUGCAUUGAUUCGCGGAGGAUGGCGGGUGAGCGAGCCCCAUUCGUGCAGCCGCCGCACACCAGCCACCAUGGCCCUCGCCCUGGCCUGUGGAUGCAUGGUGGGUGGGUUGGCGUGCCGGUGUUGGACGUGUCGGUAGGCCGUGCCGCCUUGUCUGGCAUCGUGCGCGUUCGGUUCCUUGAAGCAUCGUCCAUAGCCAAAGUGUAGGCAGGCGUGGGAGCCCCCUCCGUCUACCGACAGCACCUCCCAGAUGACCGAGACCGCAGGAUAUGCGUGGAGCUCGCACUGCAUUUCUGGGUUGGGCGACGAUUCCUUGACUCUUGGGACCUAAUGGGCUCGGGCACAUACCCCCCCCACCCCACCCACACACACACAUACGACACGCAGUGUGUUGUACACGUGCCCACACCAUGUUGGGCGAAGACGUUGACCCUCACUGCACGAGUGUGCAAGGAUGUACAGGGGCUAGGCGUAGGACCGUGCUGCUGACGCUGGUAGAGUGUGCGUAUUGACCCCGUAGCCCCGCCCCACCGCCGGCCGCGUACUGUAUGAUGUAUGGAUUGUUAGUGUCAUUGAAUUGCGUAGAUGCGAAUGCGAAUGCGAAUGCGAAUGCGAGUGGUGUUUGCCGCAUGAAUGCGGAUGUUACAGAGGGGACAGUCCCAGCACCCGAA